AUGUGCUGUAGUAUUCCAUCGAACAAUCAAUACUAUCUAACAAGUUUCUGUGAUGAAACCACUGCUUGUGGACCUUCUUGUUCCUCUGUAACAUACUUUAGUGCUGAUUCACAAAGAUUUGGUUGUGGUGUUUAUUUAACUAUUUGCGCUGGUGGAGGUGGUUCAACAUCUGGAUCUAGCUCAUCAGGUUCGAGUUCAUCAGGAUCGAGCUCAACAACUUCAAGUUCAGGCUCUGGAUCUGGAUCUGGCUCCAGUGGAUCUUCAGGAUCAGGAUCAAGUGGAUCCUCAGGUUCAGGCUCGGGAUCGAGUUCAAGUGGAUCUUCAGGUUCUGGUUCGGGAUCUGGCUCUGGCUCAGGAUCGGGAUCAGGAUCGGGAUCUGGAAGUGGUAGUACAAACUCAGCUUCUGAGAAAUUAUAUGUAGAUGGAAAUGAAUUCUAUGGAACCUGUGUAAAGGUUGUUACUAUUGAUUCAGGUCCUAAUAUUUAUGUUGAACAAGAUGCAGGUAUGCCAAUCAUUGAUGCCUCUCCACAAACCUGUCAGGAUCUAUUCGGUUCUAGCUCGUGUGGCUGGAGUGACUCUAGACUUAUCACUGCCACCCAGAGUCUUGAUGAUGGUCGUCCACUCGGUGCAUUCAACGUUACAGUCAACGAGUUCAGAAAGAUCAUGGAAAUCGGCGAUAUCCUAUCACAGCAAUGCCAAACCCCAAAUUCAAAUUGCAAAUUUAACAAGUUAAAUUAA